GAGAAACCAACAAACGCGCAAAAACAGAAAUCUCUUCAUUAGCUUAGCUGAGAUAUAGACAGAGAGAGAGAGAGAGAGAGAGAGCGCGCGCGAGAGAGAAACAGCAAUUACUAAUUGAAAUCAAUCAAUCUCUCCCAUCAAUUCAUCCCACUAGCCUUUACUCACAUACAUAAACACGAGAGAGAGAGAGGGGAGGCACUUUGUUUGCAGAUGUAUUGAAUUGAUUGAGUUAAGUUCUUGGCCAGUACUGGAAGUAGUCGGAUCGAAUCGGAAGCUGGUUGAUAAAUUCCGAGAGUUUCCGAUCCGAUUCGAGUUGCUGAGAAAUGGUUGUUCUGGCAAGCUUAGGGGUUGGUUCUGUUGUAUGGGUGGAGGACCCAGAUGAUGCUUGGAUUGAUGGAGAAGUUGUUGGAGUCAAUGGGGAAAACAUUGAUGUUCUCUGUACUACAGGGAAGAGGGUAGUUGUCAAUACUUCAAAUGUUUAUCCCAAGGACGCGGAAGCACCUCCAUGCGGAGUGGAUGAUAUGACUAAACUUGCUUAUUUGCACGAACCAGGGGUUCUAAGUAAUUUAAAAUCUAGAUAUGAUAUUAAUGAAAUUUAUACUUACACAGGGAACAUAUUAAUUGCUGUAAACCCUUUUAGAAGAUUACCGCAUCUUUAUGAUAGCCAUAUGAUGGCGCAAUAUAAAGGUGCAGCUUUUGGUGAGCUCAGUCCCCACCCAUUUGCUGUUGCUGAUGCUGCAUACAGAGUUAUGAUUAAUGAGGGUAUUAGUCAGUCGAUUUUGGUCAGUGGUGAGAGCGGGGCUGGUAAAACUGAAAGCACUAAACAGCUUAUGCAUUAUUUGGCCUACAUGGGUGGAAGAGCUUCAACUGGGGGAAGAUCUGUUGAGCAGAAAGUCCUAGAGUCCAACCCUGUCCUGGAAGCAUUUGGGAAUGCAAAAACUGUCAGAAACAAUAACUCAAGUCGAUUCGGAAAGUUCGUUGAGAUUCAGUUUGAUAAUAAGGGUAGAAUUUCGGGAGCUGCUAUUAGAACUUAUUUGUUGGAAAGAUCCCGUGUGUGUCAACUCUCUGAUCCUGAAAGGAAUUAUCACUGUUUCUACAUGCUUUGUGCUGCACCACAAGAGGAGCUUCAAAGGUACAAAUUGGGAAAUCCAAGAACAUUUCAUUAUCUUAAUCAAUCAAAUUGCUAUGAGAUAGAUGGAUUAGAUGAAUCUAAAGAAUAUGCGGCAACUAAAAGGGCUAUGGAUGUUGUUGGAAUUAGCUCAGAGGAACAGGAAGCUAUAUUCCGAGUUGUAGCUGCAAUACUCCAUCUGGGGAACAUUGAAUUUGCUAAGGGAAAGGAAGCGGACUCAUCAGUGCCCAAAGAUGACAAAUCUUGGUUCCAUCUUAGAACUGCAGCCGAAUUAUUUAUGUGUGAUGUAAAGGCUUUGGAGGAUUCCCUCUGCAAACGUGUUAUUGUAACCCGUGAUGAAACGAUCACCAAGUGGUUGGACCCAGAAUCUGCAGCCACCAGUAGAGAUGCAUUGGCAAAAGUUGUGUAUUCACGGUUAUUUGACUGGCUUGUAGAUAAGAUCAAUAGUUCAAUUGGCCAAGAUCACUCUUCAAAGUACUUAAUUGGGGUGCUUGAUAUUUAUGGGUUUGAGAGUUUCAAGACAAACAGCUUUGAGCAAUUUUGCAUCAAUCUGACAAAUGAGAAACUUCAACAACACUUCAAUCAGCAUGUUUUUAAAAUGGAGCAAGAAGAGUAUACCAAAGAAGAAAUCAACUGGAGCUAUAUUGAAUUCAUUGAUAAUCAAGAUAUAUUGGAUCUCAUCGAAAAGAAACCGGGGGGCAUUAUAGCUCUUUUGGAUGAAGCUUGCAUGUUUCCAAGGUCAACACAUGAAACUUUUGCACAAAAGCUCUAUCAGACAUUUAAGGACCAUAAACGAUUCAGCAAGCCGAAACUCUCUCGUUCUGGCUUCACCAUUGGUCAUUAUGCUGGUGAUGUCACUUAUCAAACUGAACUGUUUCUGGAUAAAAACAAAGAUUACGUUGUAGCCGAACACCAAUCUCUUCUGAAUGCUUCUUCCUGUUCCUUUGUGGCGAGUUUGUUUCCACCAUCGGAGGAGUCCUCAAAAAGCUCAAAGUUCUCUUCAAUAGGAUCACGUUUUAAACAACAAUUGCAGUCAUUGCUCGAAACUCUCAGUUCAACUGAACCUCAUUACAUACGAUGUGUAAAGCCUAACAAUCUUCUUAAGCCAGCUAUAUUUGAGAACCAUAACGUUCUACAACAACUACGUUGCGGGGGAGUGAUGGAGGCAAUUAGGAUAAGCUGUGCUGGAUAUCCUACCAGAAAACCAUUUUAUGAAUUUGUGGAUCGUUUUGGCAUCCUUGCUCCUGAAGUUUUAAGUGGCAGUUUGGAUGAGAUCAAUGCUUGCAAGAAACUUCUGGAGAAGGUGGGGCUUGAUGGCUAUCAGAUCGGUAAAACAAAAGUGUUUUUAAGGGCAGGUCAGAUGGCAGAGCUGGAUGCUCGCAGGACUGAAGUCUUAGGAAGAUCAGCUAGCAUUAUCCAGAGGAAAAUUCGUUCAUACAUGGCUAGAAAAAGUUUUAUUAUGUUGCGUCAGUCCGUUUUGCAGAUUCAGUCUGUGUGCAGAGGACAACUUGCUCGGCAUAUCUAUGGAGGCAUGCGGAGAGAAGCCUCUUGUCAGAGAAUUCAAAGAAAUCUACGCAUGCAUUUUGCUAGAAAAGCUUAUAAAGAUCUGUGCUGUUCUGCCAUUUCCAUUCAGACAGGUAUGCGGGGAAUGACUGCUCGGAGAGAACUUCGCUUCAGGAAACAGACUAGAGCAGCAGUUAUGAUCCAGAGCCACUGCCGUAAAUUCUUAGCUUGUUUGCACUAUAAGGAGCUGAAGAAAGCUGCAAUCACCACACAAUGUGCGUGGAGAGGGAAAAUUGCUCGUAAAGAAUUGCGAGCACUCAAGAUGGCUGCAAAGGAAACCGGUGCUCUUCAAGCCGCAAAGAAUAAAUUAGAGAAGCAAGUUGAGGAACUUACAUGGCGGUUACAGCUGGAGAAACGUAUAAGGGCUGAUCUGGAAGAAGCAAAGACACAGGAAAAUAUCAAAUUACAAUCCGCUUUGCAAGAUGUGCAACUUCAGUUCAAGGAAGCUAAAGACUUACUUCAAAAAGAACGCGAGGCUGCUAAAAAGUUGGCUGAACAAGUCCCUGUCAUACAGGAAGUUCCAGUUGUUGAUCAUGGCCUGAUGGAUAAACUUACCGCUGAAAAUGAGAAACUUAAGAUUAUGGUAAGCUCUCUUGAAGUGAAAAUCGGUGAAACUGAGAAAAAAUAUGAAGAGACUAAUAAGCUUAGUGAGGAGAGGUUAAAGCAAGCCUUGGAGGCAGAAUCCAAGUUAGUUCAGUUAAAGACGGCUAUGCACAGGCUUGAGGAAAAAGUCUCUGACAUGAAAUCUGAGAAUGAAAUCCUUCAGCAAGCAUUGUCAACUUCACCAGUUAAACGAGGGUUAGAAUUUGUAACGACUCCAUCAACCAAGAUUUUAGAGAAUGGAAUUCAUGCAAAAGAAGAUAGUCGAUCCAGUGAACCACAAAGUGGCACACCUGCUAAGAACACAAGGACUGAUCCUGAUAGCAAUUUUAAGAGGCCCCCUGUUGAUCGUCAACAUGAGAACGUUGAUGCUCUUAUUGACUGUGUCAUGAAAGAUGUCGGGUUUAGUCAAGGCAAACCUGUUGCUGCCUUUACAAUUUACAAAUGUCUUAUACACUGGAAGUCCUUGGAAGCAGAAAAGACUAGUGUGUUUGAUCGUCUCAUUCAGAUGAUUGGUUCGGCCAUAGAGGAUCAAGAUGAUAACGAGCACAUGGCUUAUUGGCUGUCAAAUACAUCUACAUUGUUAUUCUUGCUUCAGAGAAGUUUAAAGCCUGCUGGUGCAUCUGGUGGAAGUUCAGUGCGGAAACCACCACAGCCAACAUCACUUUUUGGAAGAAUGACAAUGGGAUUUCGCUCAUCCCCUUCUUCUGUUAAUAUUACUGCUGCCACUGCUGCGCUGGAGGGAGUCAGACAGGUUGAAGCUAAAUAUCCAGCAUUGCUUUUUAAGCAGCAACUUACAGCUUACGUGGAGAAAAUAUAUGGCAUAAUUAGAGAUAACUUGAAGAAGGAGCUGGGAUUGUUUCUUUCCUUGUGUAUCCAGGCACCAAGGACAUCAAAGGGAGGUGCACUAAGAUCCGGACGUUCUUUUGGCAAAGAUUCUCCUUCAAAUCAUUGGCAAAGCAUUAUCGAUUGUCUCAACACUCUUCUCAGUACACUAAAAGAAAAUUUUGUUCCACCCAUCAUUGUUCAGAAGAUAUUUACCCAAAUUUUCUCAUAUAUUAAUGUGCAACUCUUCAACAGUCUUCUACUACGUCGUGAGUGUUGCACAUUCAGCAAUGGCGAGUAUGUAAAAUCUGGGUUAGCAGAGUUGGAGCAGUGGUGCUGCCAGGCAAAAGAGGAGUAUGCAGGCUCGGCUUGGGAUGAACUUAAGCAUAUUAGGCAGUCUGUUGGAUUUUUGGUUAUACAUCAGAAGUAUAGAAUUUCUUAUGAUGAGAUCAUUAAUGACUUGUGUCCCGUCCUAAGUGUCCAGCAGCUAUACAGAAUAUGCACUCUGUAUUGGGAUGAUAAUUACAACACUCGAAGUGUAUCUCCUGAAGUUAUUUCAAGCAUGAGGAUACUAAUGACUGAAGACUCUAACAGUGCCGGAAGCAACUCUUUUUUGCUGGACGACAAUUCCAGCAUUCCAUUCUCAGUUGAAGAUCUUUCUAGUUCACUGCAAGUAAAGGAAUUUUUGGAUGUCAAACCUGCGACUGAUCUUCUUGAAAAUCUAUCCUUCCAAUUUUUGCACGAGUGAUUUUUAUUAAAGCUCGAGCAUGCUUUUCUUAUGUCUGCCAAGGUACAGGAAUCUAAAUAUACUUGGCAGGCAUAUUUCAUGUUGUAAAUCCAUUCUUUUCUACGGUUAUCCUUUCAAGCCUGCCCACUAUGUAUAAUUAAUCUAUUGAAUUUAUAUGUUAAGAUUUCACUAGCACAGGGUAGGGGGUUUCUUUUUGUUCAAGUGUGCAGUGCAUCUUGUUUUGUAUUUUUCCAUUCUUCUGUCACUCUAGGCAGCAUUCUUUGUAGGAAGACGGGAGGCAGUGUCCCUGUAAAAGUCAGAUCGAAAGUUUACUUCAUCUGGCCAUCAAGUUAAAUAUGUAAUGUAAAGAAAUUUGACCAUAAACGAUAAUUCUACUAAAAAAAUUGUACUUGGAUUCUCUACGCCCUUGUGUAUGUGGUGUGCUCAGUACUGUUGAGCGUCUCCUGUUCUUUUUUGUAAGUCGAAUUUUCUUUUGCUUGUAAAUUUAUAUGUAAGGAUUAAGGAGAUAUUAUUUUAAAAAUGCACCACAGCAUGUUUAUAUA